AUGGCAGAGUCCUAUCUACAAAGCCAGAUUUCCUCAGUAAGACUAAUCUCCAGAAGGUUGUCCUUUGGGCAGAACUAGACCCAGUGAGAGUCCCUGGGAGUUCAAUCUCAUUUCCAGUGGUGCCCUCACUUAGCACUGGAUAAAUAUGGAAGGGACAAACCUGAGCCGAGGGACUGAGUUUGAGCUCUUGGGUCUCACCAGUGACCCCCAGCUGCAGAGUCUGCUCUUUGUGGUGUUCCUGGGCAUGUACACCAUCACUCUGCUGGGGAACUUGGUCAUGUUCCUCCUGAUCCACGUGAGUGCCACCCUGCACACUCCCAUGUACUCCCUCCUGAAGAGCCUCUCCUUCUUGGAUUUCUGCUACUCCUCCACGGUUGUCCCCCAGACCCUGGUGAACUUCUUGGUCAAGAGAAAGGUGAUCUCCUAUCUUGGCUGCAUGGCUCAGAUGUUCUUCUAUGCGGGUUUCGCCACCAGCGAGUGCUAUCUCAUCGCAGCCAUGGCCUAUGACCGUUAUGCCGCUAUUUGCAGCCCCCUGCUCUACCCAACCAUCAUGUCUCCUGAGGUCUGUGCCUCUCUGAUUGUGGGCUCCUACAGCGUCGGGUUUCUUAAUUCUCUUAUCCAUACAAGCUGUAUCUUCAGUCUGAAAUUCUGUGGUGCUCAUGUGGUCACUCACUUCUUCUGUGAUGGACCACCCAUCCUGUCCCUGUCCUGUGUGGACACUUCACUGUGUGAGAUCCUGCUCUUCAUUUUUGCAGGUUUCAACCUUUUGAGCUGCACUCUCACCAUCUUGAUCUCCUACUUCUUAAUCCUCAUCACCAUCCUGAGAAUGAACUCAGCCCAGGGCAGGUUCAAGGUGUUUUCCACCUGUGCUUCCCACCUCACUGCCGUCUGCCUCUUCUUUGGCACGACACUUUUUAUGUACCUGCGCCCCAGGUCCAGCUACUCGCUGACCCAGGACCGCACAGUUGCUGUGAUCUACACCGUGGUGAUUCCAAUGCUGAACCCUUUAAUCUACUCUUUGAGGAACAAGGAUGUGAAGGAGGCCUUAAGAAAGGUUUGGGGCAGGAAAGCAACGGAAUGA